GCGAGUAGGUACAUUAACAUUUUGAAGUAUUAAGAAUGGAGCAAGCUGACACUGAUAUUGUGCAUGAGUUAGAAAGUCAUUGGGAGGCUCUAUGCAACCAAAUUCAUGUCAGACGUCUGUUGGAUAAAAUGCGAAGCUAUGGUGUUUUCUCCAAAGAUGAAUAUGAGGAGAUAAUGAACGACACACUGAAUCCAACUUCUAUCCGAAAAGCAAGUUGCUUCCUGGAUAACCUUCAGAGGAAAGGUCGUGAUGGCUACAAUGUGUUCUUAGAAUGCUUGGUUGAAACACAUCCAAAUGUAUACAGAAGACUUACAGGUCAGGAACCGGAAGCCCCCGUCAGGGAACCAAUAAGUGGCUCAUACACUACAGCACCGCGACUUAGGUUUGCCAAUGAGAUUGAGGAUCUAUAUCAAGAGGUUGAAGACUUACAGAGAGAAUUGGGAUUCAGCCAACAGUUGAAAAAUGAACACAAACAAGCAAUUGAGAGCCUCAAUCAAAGGCUUAAAACAGCAAAUGUGAAAGCUGAACGAUGUGAACAAAUCGAAAAAUUAUAUCGGAAGGAACGUAACAAAGUAAAACACUUGGAAAUGCAGAGUACAACCUUGCUCGGAAAUUCACUUCUCCAUAAAGAGGAAAAGGAACAGGCUGAGCGUAACUUAGCACAGAAAAGGAAAGAAGUUAAUGAACUGGAGAGACGAUUACAAGAUGCUCAGAAUCAUGCAGAAAUGAGGCGCCAAAUAUGGCACAAAUCAUGUCUAGACAAACAACAACUUAAAGUAGCGAGGGAAGAGAUGCUUCAGCGAAUGUCAACAAUGGAAGAAAAAUUAAAACAGGCAAAGAGACAAGAAGAUGUUGUAAGUGCUAUAGAUGUAACUGCUGAGGACUUUCAUGUUGAUCAGUAUACCCAAGCUACACUAAACAUAUUACGGGAAGAACUACAGAACUACAAGGAGAAAUGUGAAGAAUCCGAAGGUAGCCUUCUUAAAGCACGGAAUGAGCUGCAUUGUCGUGACACAGAAUUUGAAAAGUGUAAAUCUGAAAAUGAGGAGCUCUUGGAGAAAAGGUUAAGUGCAGAGGCUUUGGCUGAGACAUUCAAGAAACACUACAACAUCACGUGGCAUGAGCUUAACAAAGUCAAGCAAGAACGACUAAGGAUCAGACCGAUGGGUUCAGUCUACAAGAAGAUCACAUCGGCGGAACAAGUCACCCAAAUACUUGUACAAUAAUUGUAGAAUCUGCUCAAUGCAUUUUGAGCCAUCCCAGAUACUGUGUACUGGUAGACUGGUUUGGAAUGCGGUCCCUACAAUUUUCAACAUACCAAAUCCACCAAAGAAGGUGACUUUGAAGCGGAAACUACCCAGCAGACAUGUCUCCAUAAAAAGAUCUAAGAGUAAAACAGGUAUUGUUUUGUUGAACCUGCUUACUGGAAAUGUUUUAAUGAUUAUUUCCACAUCAAUGCCAUCGGCAAAAGGAUUGUAGAAAGAAUCCAUAUUGGUUUGACCAAUAAUAACCUUCAUCUUGAUUUGUGCAGUAGUGAAAGGGUAACAUCGUUCAUCUCAUUUCUUUUGUGAGACUUAGGUUGCAUGCAUAACAAGAGCUUGUUUAACAAGAAACUUGUGGACAGUGAAAAGAAAGUGAAAAGGAAGAGUAGAAAGUUGGUAAAA